AUGAUACAGAAAUCCACACCGCCUCCAGCUGAAGGAAAUCUCAGCCUACCACAAUCUACAAUAAAAUACCAGCCCACUACACCCAGCUACAGGAAAUCUCAGCCCAUCACACCCAGCUACAGGAAAUCUCAGCCCACCACAUCCAGCUACAGGAAAUCUCAGCCCACCACAACCAGCCACAGUAAAUCUCAGCCCAUCACACCCAGCUACAGGAAAUCUCAGCCCACCACACCCAGCUACAGGAAAUCUCGGCCUACCACAACCAGCUACAGAAAAUCUCAGUCCAACACACCCAGAUACAGAAAUCCACACCGCCUCCAGCUGAAGGAAAUCUCAGCCUACCACAAUCUACAGUAA